AUGAACGGACAUCACGCAACUCGGCCUUUGAAGCCGGGUAUCAAUGUACCCAUGGUUGCAUUCUUCGACCCGGAAACCGAAGACGUUGAUGUCCAAGCGACGGCGAAGCACGCGGUUAGACUUGCAAAGGCCGGCCUCACGUCCAUCACUUGUCAAGGAUCCAACGGCGAAGCCGUGCAUUUGACCAAAGAUGAACGAAUCCUUAUCACGAGCACCACCCGCAAAGCACUUGACGAGGCUGGUUUUCCAGACAUGCCCGUUGUUGUGGGAUGUGGGGCACAAUCAGUUCGAGAAACGGUUGAAUUUUGCAGGGAUGCAUACCGAGCGGGCGGUGACUACGCCCUGGUUCUGCCUCCAUCGUACUACAAGGCCGCCUAUACCAACGCAUGCUUUAUCGAAUACUUCCAAGACGUUGCCACUGCUUCACCGAUCCCGAUUAUCAUUUACAACUAUCCUGGAGCUGUUGCAGGGGUCGACCUCGACUCCGAGACCAUCAUCAAACUCGCCAAUCACCCCAACAUUGUCGGAUGCAAACUCACCUGCGGCAAUACUGGCAAACUGAACCGCAUUGCUCACGCCGUCAAUGCAGCUACUGCUACAGACGCCGGAUCAGGCUGGAUGUGCAUGGGUGGCUCCGCUGAUUUCACCAUUCAAACCAUGGUCGCUGGAGGUUCCGGAAUCAUCACGGGAUUAGGCAAUAUCGUGCCAAAGGCCUGUGUCAAGGUGUUUGAUCUCUAUGCACGGGGCAACGUCGAAGAGGCUCAAAAGAUUCAAGCUGUCGUGGCUCGGGGUGAUUGGGGAGUGAUUUCUGGCGGAAUAACAGGCACCAAGAGUGGUUUGCAGUCGUAUUUUGGAUAUGGUGGUUACGCCCGACGACCAUUGCCCAAACCGAGCAAGGAGGAUGUGGCCAAGUAUGAGGCAAUGUUGAAAGAAGUAGUUGACCUUGAGAAUUCACUGUGA